AUGAGCGAGGAUGAAGCGCCGCCCGUCAAGGCGAGACCCGGUCACCGUACGCGUAGCCCACCACCGGCCGCGGGCCCAUCACGAUAUCCGGGCGCCCUGGAACAAAUGGACGAGGACGAGCCGCCGCGUGUAAAGCCAAGACCACAGCCGCGCCCAGUCAAAAGGCCCCGAGAGGAGGUGCAAGCAGACGAUGACGAGCCGCCGCCUGCCAAGGCGAGACCAAAGCCGCAUACGACCUCGGGAGGGCCACGACGAUUUCAAGGCGCGCCGGAGCCCAUGAGCGAGGAUGAAAUGCCGCCCGUCAAGGCGAGACCCCAGUCGCGCACGAUAUCGGGAGGGCGCAACGGCAAUAUGGAACCCACCUCGCGAUCGCGGGCAUCGGGGUCGUCGAGACCCGUGCAUCAUCGCACGCUUAGCCCACCACCGGCUGCGGGCCCAUCACGAUAUCUGGGCGCCCUGGAACAAACGGACGAGGACGAGCCGCCGCCUGUCCAGCCAAGACCAAAGCCGCGCCCCGUCAAGAAGACCCGAGAGGAGGUGCAAACGGACGAUGAUGAGCCGCCACCUAUCAAGCCCAGACCAAAGCCGCGCCCUGUCAAAAGGGCCGCUCGAGAGGAGGAGCAAAUGGACGAUGACGAGCCGCCGAUCGUUAAGCCAAGAUCAAAGCCGGGACCAGCAAAAGACUUGAGAUGA